AUGGCAAAAAUGAUCUCAGCCCUUCUCUUUGUCAGUUUUUCUUGUUUAUCUGAGUUUGGACCUACAUUUGCUGAACGUAUAAAACAGAACACUACAUACACGAAUGGCUAUGGUGUAUCUUUAAAGCAGACCACGACACAUAUAGAUGAUGGUGGUGUAUCUUCAAAGCAGACCACGAUUUACAAAAAUGAUGGUGGUGUAUCAUCAGAACAGACCACGAUUUACAAAAAUGAUGGUGGUGUAUCUUCAGAGUCGACCACGACACACAUAGAUGAUGGUGGUGUAUCUUUAAAACAGACCACGACAUGCAUAGAUGAUGGUGGUGUAUCUUCAGAACAGACCACGACAUACAUAGAUGAUGGUGGUGUAUCUUUAAAACAGACCACGACAAACAUAGAUGAUGGUGGUGUAUCUUUAAAACAGACCACGACAUGCAUAGAUGAUGGUGGUGUAUCUUCAGAACAGACCACGACAUACAUAGAUGAUGGUGGUGUAUCUUUAAAACAGACCACGACAUGCAUAGAUGAUGGUGGUGUAUCUUCAGAGUCGACCACGACACACAUAGAUGAUGGUGGUGUAUCUUCAGAACAGACCACGACAUACAUAGAUGAUGGUGUUGUAUCUUCAGAUCAGACGACGACAUACAUAGAUGAUGGUAGUGUAUCGUCAGAGCAAACCACGACAUACAUAGAUGAUGGUGGUGUAUCUUCAGGGCACACCACGACAUACAUAGAUGAUGGUGUUGUAUCUUCAGAACAGACCACGACAUACAUAGAUGAUGAUGGUGUAUCUUCAGAGCCGACCACGACAUACAUAGAUGAUGGUGUUGUAUCUUCAGAACAGACCACGACAUACAUAGAUGAUGAUGGUGUAUCUUCAGAGCCGACCACGACAUACAUAGAUGAUGGUGGUGUAUCUUCAGGGCAGACCACGACAUACAUAGAUGAUGGUGUUGUAUCUUCAGAACAGACCACGACAUACAUAGAUGAUGAUGGUGUAUCUUCAGAGCAGACCACGACAUACAUAGAUGAUGGUGGUGUAUCUUCAGAACAGACCACGACAUACAUAGAUGAUGGUGGUGUAUCUUCAGAACAGACCACGACAUACAUAGAUGAUGGUGGUGUAUCUUUAAAACAGACCACGACAUGCAUAGAUGAUGGUGGUGUAUCUUCAGAACAGACCACGACAUACAUAGAUGAUGGUGGUGUAUCUUUAAAACAGACCACGACAUGCAUAGAUGAUGGUGGUGUAUCUUCAGAGUCGACCACGACACACAUAGAUGAUGGUGGUGUAUCUUCAGAACAGACCACGACAUACAUAGAUGAUGGUGUUGUAUCUUCAGAUCAGACGACGACAUACAUAGAUGAUGGUAGUGUAUCGUCAGAGCAAACCACGACAUACAUAGAUGAUGGUGGUGUAUCUUCAGGGCACACCACGACAUACAUAGAUGAUGGUGUUGUAUCUUCAGAACAGACCACGACAUACAUAGAUGAUGAUGGUGUAUCUUCAGAGCCGACCACGACAUACAUAGAUGAUGGUGUUGUAUCUUCAGAACAGACCACGACAUACAUAGAUGAUGAUGGUGUAUCUUCAGAGCCGACCACGACAUACAUAGAUGAUGGUGGUGUAUCUUCAGGGCAGACCACGACAUACAUAGAUGAUGGUGGUGUAUCUUCAGGGCAGACCACGACAUACAUAGAUGAUGGUGGUGUAUCUUCAGGGCAGACCACGACAUACAUAGAUGAUGGUGGUGUAUCUUCAGAACAGACCACGACAUACAUAGAUGAUGGUGGUGUAUCUUCAGAACAGACCACGACAUACAUAGAUGAUGGUGGUGUAUCUUCAGAACAGACCACGACAUACAUAGAUGAUGUUGGUGUAUCUUCAGAACAGACCACGACAUACAUAGAUGAUGGUGGUGUAUCUUCAGAACAGACCACGACAUACAUAGAUGAUGGUGGUGUAUCUUCAGAACAGACCACGACAUACAAAGAUGAUGGUGGUGUAUCUUCAGAGCCGACCACUACAUACAUAGAUGAUGGUGGUGUAUCUUUAGAGCAGACCACGACAUACAUAGAUGAUGGUGGUGUAUCUUUAGAGCAGACCACGACAUACAUAGAUGAUGGUGGUGUAUCUUCAGAACAGACCACGACAAACAUAGAUAAUGGUGGUGUAUCUUCAAACCAGACGACGACAUACAUAGAUGAUGGUGGUGUAACUUUAGAGCAGACCACGACAAACAUAGAUAAUGGUGGUGUAUCUUCAAACCAGACGACGACAUACAUAGAUGAUGGUGGUGUAUCAUCAAAGCCGACCACGACAUACCUAGUUGAUGUUGGUGUAUCUUCAAAACAGACCACGGCAUACAUAGAUGAUGGUGGUAUAGCUACAGAGCAGACCACGACAUACAAAGAUGAUGAUGGUGUACCGUCAAAGCGGACCACGACAUACAUAGAUGAUGGUAAUAUAGCUACAGAUCAGACAAGAAAAUUCAUGGAUGACUAUGGUGUAUCAUUGAAAACAACUGUAGAAAAAAUAAUCAGAUCAGUACAGACUGGCGCAGCCUCUUAUUCUGUACCAAGUCAGGAAUAUGACAGUUGUUUUUCACUCGAUCUGUUGGCUGAUAUAGUUUACAUUUGUCAGUUGUUUUUCACUCGAUCUGUUGGCUGA